AUGGAAUCUCGCGACCACUUGUUUUUCUCUUGUCACUUUUGCUCUGAGGUUUGGCAAGCUACUGCAAAGAAUAUAUACAAAACUCGAUUCUCCACAAGUUGGCAUUCGGUGGUUGUUGCAGCUUGUAGCAACUGGCAAGAUCGAAAGAUUUGCUACCUAGCCCGUUCUGUUUUACAGGUGACGGUGUAUACUCUAUGGCAUGAGAGAAAUGGGAGGAAGCAUGGCGAGCCACCGAACCCUGCCUCUCGUCUUAUUCAACGAAUUGACAAGCAGAUCAGAGAUCAACUUAUUGUGAUAGGUCUCAUGGGGGAUCGGCGUUACGACGAUGGAUUACUCAUAUGGUGUAUAUGGACGAAUUCACAUUUCAUAUUGAAUAUGCUUGAGGCUUUUGAGCCUUCUCUAGACUUGAGUAAACACAUGGGCAAGGGAAAAACAGGAGUACUGUCUAUCGAGCUUCAAAGGAUGGAAGGUUAUGAUUAUUCACACAAGAAUCACUCUGCAGACACAAGAAUCAAUAAUAAGACAUGUGAAUUUGAUGGAAGCCAGUUAAAUCAUGAUCAUGUAUCAUUUUCAUCUCAUGAUUUGUUGGAUUCGUCGUUACAGACACAUGUUCCUCUCGUUGAUGUAGAUAAGGUUCGCUGGGUACUAAGGAAUAUAGUUCGAGACUGGGGAGCAGAGGGUCAGACCACACGAGAUGAAUGCCACAAGCCUAUCCUUGAAGAGCUUGAUUCCUUGUUUCCUGAUCGUCAGAAGGAGAGCACUCCUCCUGCCUGUUUAGUCCCUGGUGCUGGACUUGGACGUCUGGCCCUUGAAAUUUCUUGUCUAGGUUUCAGAAGCGUAGGAAAUGAGUUUUUAUAUUACAUGAUGAUAUGCUCAAGUUUUAUUCUCAAUUAUACAAAAGUGCCUGAUGAGUGGACAGUAUACCCCUGGAUAUACACCAACUGCAAUUCUCACUCGGAAGAUGAUCAACUACGUCCUAUUUCUAUUCCUGAGGCCGGCCCGAGCAGUGUAGGAGUAACAAAAGGUUUCUCUAUGUGUUGUGGCGAUUUUCUUGAAGUAUUCAAUGAAUCAAGUCAAGCGGGGAUGUGGGAUGCAGUUGUGACUUGUUUUUUCAUCGACACGACUCGUAAUAUCAUCGAGUACAUCGAAACGAUAUCCACAGUCGUAAAGGACGGAGGAGUUUGGAUAAAUUUAGAACCUCUGUGUUAUCACUUUGCGGACAUACUUGGCCUGGAAAAUGAAAUUUCGAUCGAGCUAAGUUUGGAGGAUGUAAAGAGAGUUGCUUCGCAUUAUGGGUUUGAGAUUGAGAAAGAAAGAACAAUUGACACAACGUACUGUGCAAAUCCCCGGUCUAUGCAAAAGAACCGCUACUAUUCUGUCUUCUGGACAAUGAGGAAGAAGUGUGCUAUUUAACAACUUAAACCAAACAUCCCUAAAA